GAUUGCGUCAUUAUUGCGUGCUCCCCGGAACCAUCGAGCGGUCGACUUAUUCAGCAAGCUCAUUGAUUUCGCUCAUUUCAUCGACAAAUAAGAAGAAACACAGCAGGUAGCAGUGGUUUGGAUGUCCCUGUAAGGUACUUUCUGUCUCUGAGGUCCAGCAGUGCAGCCGGUUGCCAUGGCGUCUCCAGGGGGACAAGGAGGAGGCGGAGGGGCUCUGUCGACGAGAGGAGGAAGCGGGGCCAGGAGGAUGAAGUGGGCUCUGGAGCUGAGCUUGGGCAACACCAGGACUCGUGGGGACCGGCAGGGCGGUCAGGGAGACGUCGUUUAUCCCAUCGGCUACUCCGAGAAACCCGUCCCCGACACCAGCAUCCAGGAGACGGACAAGAACCUGGUGGAGAAGCGUUGUUGGGACGUCGCUCUCGGGCCUCUGAAACAAAUCCCCAUGAACCUGUUCAUCAUGUACAUGUCGGGCAACACCAUCUCCAUCUUCCCCAUCAUGAUGGUCUGCAUGAUGGCCUGGAGGCCCAUACAGGCGCUCAUGUCCAUGUCUGCCACCUUCAAGCUGUUGGAGAGCUCCAGUCAGCAGUGGCUGCAGGGCCUCGUCUACCUGGUCGGUAACCUCCUGGGCUCGGCCUUGGCCAUCUACAAGUGUCAGUCGAUGGGGCUGCUCCCAACGCACUCUUCUGAUUGGCUAGCUUUCAUAGAACCGCCACAGAGGAUGGAGAUCAUGGGUGGAGGGAUGGUGUUGUGAAGAGGACGGAGCGUGCACAUACCAGAUUCAAAUAUUUACAGAGGUUAUAUACUAUAUACUGUACAUUCUCCACCGGCGCCACGCAGCCUGGCUACCUGUUAAAGCUGUCCAGCUCUUGUCCACAACAGACUGAGCCUCCACAGUGGCGCAGCAGGACGUGCGGAGCAGCUUUCUACGAAAGCCCUCGUCCUCCAUAAACACACACGCAUUUGUUUGCCUUUUUUUAACAGAAACAUUAACAUUUCUUCAGCCUGCUGCUCUGCUUCAUGUCCUCUGAUGUCCCCCAUACCUAAUUUUUUUUGAUUCUUUUAGUAAAGGUUUAAAAAGCCAGCAGAUCCUCACAUUGAACUACUGUAUUAUUAACAACAUAAUAGGAGGUUAUUUAUGGACUACAUAAGAGAAUAUAGAAUUAUACCCAGUUUCUGGAGGAGAAACAUCAGUAAAACAGCACUAUAUAUAAUGAGGCUAAUGUCUUAUUAGGUCAUAUUCCAGUAGAGUAGAUAGAUUUCUUUUUUCCGUUCUUCAUUUUUCUUUUUGUUUCUCAGUUUGUAGUGAAACACAACAUGAUUUCAGCCCGCUAACCAGCAACAUUUACUAACCGGUUUAAUUUAUAGGUCUGUUUAAUUUAUACUGUUUUGCUCUAUGAAAAUGUUCUAUAUAAUAAAUCCUUAUUAUUGGCUGAAUUAAAAUGUUUUCAACUGUCAAUAAAUGUGUUGGAAGAAAAAAAA